GCACAAUGAUUUAUCAUUGUUUAUCACAAAAUCAUUUGAGAUCAUUAGUCCUACAGCAUGGCAUCCAUAAAUCGCCCCAUAGUUUUCUUCACAGUUUGUUUGUUCCUCUUGUGCGAUGGCUCUCUAGCCCAGCUAUUAGGCCAGAGCACUAGUCAAUGGCAGAGUUCCCGUCGUGGAAGUCCAAGAGAAUGCAGAUUUGAUAGGCUGCAAGCAUUUGAGCCAAUUAGGAGUGUGAGGUCUCAAGCUGGCACAACUGAAUUCUUCGAUUUCUCUAACGAGUUAUUUCAAUGUGCCGGAGUAUCUGUUGUCCGCCGAGUUAUUGAACCAAGAGGCCUUCUACUGCCCCAUUACACGAAUGGUGCAUCUCUAGUAUAUAUCAUCCAAGGGAGAGGUAUAACAGGGCCGACUUUCCCAGGCUGUCCUGAGUCCUACCAACAGCAGUUCCAACAAUCAGGUCAAGCCCAAUUGACCGAAAGUCAAAGCCAAAGCCAUAAGUUCAAGGAUGAACAUCAAAAGAUACACCGUUUCAGACAAGGAGAUGUUAUUGCAUUGCCUGCUGGUGUAGCCCAUUGGUGCUACAACGAUGGCGAAGUGCCAGUUGUUGCCAUAUAUGUCACUGAUAUCAACAACGGUGCUAACCAACUUGACCCUAGACAAAGGGAUUUCUUGUUGGCUGGGAAUAAGAGAAACCCUCAAUCAUACAGGCGUGAGGUUGAGGAGCGGUCACGAAACAUAUUUAGAGGUUUUAGCGCUGAACUGCUUAGCGAGGCUCUUGGCAUAAGCAACCAAGUGGCAAGGCAGCUCCAAUGUCAAAAUGACCAAAGAGGGGAAAUUGUCCAUGUUGAACGUGGGCUCAGUUUGCUGCAACCAUACGCAUCACUGCAGGAGCAGGAACAAGGACAGGUGCAAUCAAGAGAGCAAUAUCAAGGACAAUAUCAGCAAAGUCAAUAUGGGAGUGGUUGCUCUAACGGUUUGGACGAGACCUUUUGCAACAUGAGGGUUAGGCAGAACAUCGAUAACCCUAACCUUGCUGAUACAUACAACCCAAGAGCUGGAAGGGUUACAAAUCUCAACAGCCAGAAGUUCCCCAUUCUUAAUCUUGUACAGAUGAGUGCAGUCAAAGUAAAUCUAUACCAGAACGCACUCCUUUCACCGUUUUGGAACAUUAAUGCUCAUAGUGUCGUGUAUAUUACUCAAGGUCGUGCCCGGGUUCAAGUUGUCAACAACAAUGGAAAGACAGUGUUCAAUGGAGAGCUUCGCCGUGGACAGCUACUUAUUAUACCACAACACUAUGUAGUUGUAAAGAAGGCACAAAGAGAAGGAUGUUCUUACAUUGCAUUUAAGACCAACCCUAACUCUAUGGUAAGCCACAUUGCAGGAAAGAGCUCCAUCUUCCGUGCUCUCCCAAAUGAUGUUCUAGCAAACGCAUAUCGUAUCUCAAGAGAAGAGGCUCAGAGGCUCAAGCAUAACAGAGGAGAUGAGUUUGGUGCAUUCACUCCAAUCCACUCCAAGAGCUACCAAGAUGCUUAUAAUGUGGAAGCAUCCUCUUAGGCUGGCUUGCAGACAAAAAGAAUAAAUAAAGUGCAAGCAAUUACUUUGCUGCAUGUACUGCCCUGUCUUUUGACUAAUGAUAAUAAAGCGUCUCUUUUUCCUUA